UCUGCUUCUACUCUCUCAGGGGGAAGCUGCAGCCGGUCAUGAACACCACCAGAGGAAGCUCUGACCUUGUGAAGAGCGGGGAGGCUCAGGAAAUCCCUCCUCUGAAGAACUACCUCUGUCUCACUAUGUUCACCUGUUUCUGCCCGGCAUGGCCCAUCAAUAUUGUGGCUCUGGUUUUCUCAGUGCUGGCCCGAAAGAGCUAUGAGGAGCAGGACUACGAUGGCUCCAAGCGGCUCGGUCGGAAAGCUCUCCACCUGGGGAUCGUUUCCUUCGUCAUCGGUCUCAUGAUCAUCACUGCAUUUACCAUUGUGCACUUCACUACGCAUGUGGUCUGACUUAUUGAGGAGGAAGAGGAGGUGGAAGUGGAGAAGAGGUGAAACUGUCAUGGAGACAUCAGCUCCAUGGGAUGAGGAGGAGCUCUGCUUGGCUUCUAUCAUCAAGAGUUCUGGAGGUUUUUCAGGAGCUGGCAGAGGCUGAUUUUAAAACACACGUCACUCUCAGCUGCUGUGUGUGCGUUGCAAUAACAUUUCUACAGUUUGUUUUUUUGUUUUUUUUUGUAUUUGCAAGAUGACUGAAAUGAUCAUGCAAAGAUCCUGACAGCGCUUCCACUGAUGAAAAGUGAGACUAAAGUGCUAAUCUGUGAUCUGACACUGCCCAACAUUGCCAAUUCCAAGCAGAAGAAUAUCAUGACUCUGUGAAAAAUUCCUCUGCUCCUCAGUACAUGCUGUAUGCAUAAAAAGUAUGAAAUAAAAUGUUGUAUUUAUACUAUUUGUACUAAAAAUAUGUUCUGGUAAAUGAAACAAAACUGCAAAUGCAGUUUGAGAAAUGACCAAAAAGUCAGUUUCAGUUAAAAGUUAGAUGUUAUUGCUUUGCAAAAACAAUUUUCUCAUGUUUCAUCAGAUGAAAUUUUUAAAAAAAUAGUUUAAAAAAAUGCGGAUUUCAUAACUUGAACAGAACAAAGUGUAUAUUGUUUUAAACAAUGAAUAGUGACACAUUGCAUAUUUCAGAGGGCAUCAACACAACAAUGACAUUCAAAAAAGGCAGAACAAAUAGAAUGACAGAAACUAUAUUGUCUAAUUCUGUGCAGUUUUAGAGGGUGAGUUUCAUGAUACCGCCUGGUCUCAGUUCACACCCAACUUUGACACCUGUUGCAAUUUGUUGAGUCUGAAGGAUCUGAUACGUAAAAUUAACACUGUUACAAGGCUAAAAAUAGAGCAUAUAAU